AUGACCAACGGGUCCACUAGGCUCUGGAGACUACAAGUCCCAGCGGCCCGUGCGGGUCUGGCCCAGGUUACCUGGGCCCCCUGCUGUUUUCGUCCACAAUGCUGGGCUCCAACCAAACAAAAAACUGGAGAGUUUGACAGGGAAGGGAAGGGUCGGCGGCCUUCAACAGGCAAUACGACAUUCACCUGGAUGGACAGUGCACUUUGCUUAUGUCUGGGCGGCGAAGGCAAGACGCUCCAUUUGCCACGGACUAGGAGAGAUCACCAACGGACCCGCACCGCGCCUGACGCUCGUCCCUCGCCCCACACCCGCCUCCAGCCGCGCGCUCGCUCCUCCAGGCUUGACGUCAAGGCGGUCCAGGAGCAUGCGCGGUGCGGGCCCCUCAGCCAGAUGGUCCGAGCGUGCGCGGAGCGUGCGUCUUCGGGAAUUUGUGCGCUCUCUGCUUACCCGCUGCCUGGGCUUGUGGCUCGAGUUGAAGCGCUAGAGUCCGUCACUUCCAUCCUCGUCUGUCUAACGUGCCUGGCGGGAGCCCCUGGCUUUGAUCACCCGCCACCUCGGUGUGUGCCAGUGGCCACAGCUGAGCUGCCCGGAGUUUGUUCUGGAAGAGGCCUGAGAGCGGAGCGGUGUGGCCUGGGUCGUUCCGAGCCGCGUCCUACCUCUCGCGUCAUGGUGAAGAAGAAUAGUAUCCCCAACGGGUGGAGGACUGUGACACCAAUUGGACAUCCUCUACCUGGAACCCGAUUCAUUGCUUUUAAAGUUCCUUUAAAGGGAGCAGUUAAUCAGAGACUUACCCCAACCCAGAAGUUUACACCAAAGGACUUGAUUAGUGCAAUAAAAGCACUAAAUGUGGAGCUUGGAUUAAUUAUCGAUUUAACAUAUACCACAAGAUAUUAUGAAGUUAAGGAUUUACCUAAAAGUAUUCAUUAUAAAAAACUUUACACUGUCGGACUUGAAGUCCCUGAUAAUGCUACUAUUCUGCAGUUCAAAAAGUGGGUCAGAAAAUUCCUUUGGGAAAAUGCAGAAAAUGACAAACUCAUUGGAGUUCAUUGUACUAAUGGAAUUAACAGAACAGGAUACCUUAUAUGUAGGUACCUUAUCGAUGUUGAAGGUUGGGAUCCAGAUACAGCAAUUCAAGCUUUUGGUGAGGCCCGUGGUCAUCGAAUAGAUGGAUGUGUUUACUUAAAGGAUCUCAAAACUCAACCCAUGAGAAGUAAUCUUGGAAUGGAUGUCUGGGAUUCUGAUGACGAUGCAAAUCCCCCAUCCAAUUCUAUGGAAGAAUCCAGGGAUUGGCACCCAAAUGAAGACUUUCAUGGGUCUGGAAAAAGGUCAAGGCUUCUUAAUGAUCAGCACCCUCAAAAUGGUGUACAGAUAAAGGAUUAUGAUUAUGUCAACAAUGGACCUGCCCAGAGGCAUCGGGAUUUUUAUGAACACCAGUAUAGUGACAACAUGCCAGAAGAGAGACACCUCAGAGACUGGGAUUUUAGUAACAAAGGACCAGAACCAAGAUGUUCAUUUUUUGCUAAUCACCAAUGUUAUAAUGUCUCCCAGGAGGAAACAGAUUACAAUAACAGGUUACCUGGAAUAAGACCAACACCAUUUCAUGAUCACCAACCUCAUAGUGACUUCUAUGAAGCAGAUACUGGAGAUGAUUUUGAUUUUGUCAGCAAAGUUUGUGGGAAAAGGAGGCAUUCUACUCAGAACCAUCAGGCCUAUAGUAACUUUUGGGAACAAUUUCCAGCGAAAGAUUUUGGUUUCGUUAAAAGAAGCCAGAGACAAAAACGACCUUUCUAUAACCGCCAUGAGUACCAGGACCUAUUACCUGUACAAGGUUUGAAUUAUCUCAGUAGAGGUGGUUUUCAAAGGCAGAAACCUUGCCAUUUCCACUGUUCUUAUGAUGAAAUGCAUUUGGAAGGUUUCAGAUAUACUGAUGAAGUAUCAGAGCACACACUGAGACCUUUACAUGACCAUUCUAAUAAUGAUUUGUCAGAGAAAAUGCCAUUGAAAAAAUAUGUUAAUAGAGGUCUUGGACAAAGACUACCAUCCUUUCCAAAGUUUCAAAAACAAAUGCAGUUAAGAAAUUUUGAUUUCAACAAUGGAACCAGACCAAGGCAAAUGUCUUACUGUGACCACCCACCUAGUGAUCCACAAGAACAGGUUCUAUUGGAAGACUUGGACUUUGAACAGGAAACAUCCUUACAGAGACCUAGAUCUUUUCAGGACCACACACUUCCUGAUAACAUAAAUCCUGACUGGUAUUUAGAUAAGACCUUUGGCUCUGACAAUUGCAGAGGCAGAAGUCAGAGACUGAUCUGUCCAGAAGAUAGUCAAAGAGUACAGCUUUCAAAUGGAUUUAACUGCUGGAGAUGGAGCGGAUCCACAGCAUAUUCUUCACGAGGACUUCCAUUUUCAUGUGUGUUCCAAGAAGAUGGUUCAGUUGACUAUUAUAGAGCAUGAGAACAUGGCUCAGGAAGCCACCAGACAAGGAGAAUGUGAGACACAUGGAGCAGGCCUGAACCUACUGCCUGAAGUAGAACUACCCAGCUGACUUGCAGACCCAUGAACAUGAGAAUCAGUGUUUACUAUGGUAAGCCACUGAAACUUUGAGGUUGUUAUCAUAAAUUUUAAAAUUAAAACCAUCACAAACUGAAACACAUGGUUAAUGAGCACAGCUUACUAGGAGCAACUGUAGCAACUAUUAAAAUCUGAAUUGGAGAGGGACCACACCAAUUUGGGUGAAAUUCUUUCAAACUGACAAUAAAUGAAAAUAUAUUUUAAUAGUAA